GUCAAAGUCUGCCGCCUGGCUCGCGGGACCAGUAGGAUCAGUGAGCGUUUGUCACUGUCUGAGCUCUUCUCGCCCUGUUAACAACACCUUUCCUUGUGGUCUCCUGCUCGGUUUGUCCCCAGUUCAACACCAUGCUGCUUCGGGCUGUCGUCCUCCUCUUCCUCUGUGUGUCCUCGGGCAUUUGUGCCACUUUAGGCCACUACCAGACUCCGCCUGAAGAGGAGCAGGCGUCUCCUGUGGACUCCGAUGCUGUUUCUGCUGCUGUAGCAGCUGAAGAAGCUGCAGCUCCUGCAGGUACCCAACAAGGAAGUUCACCUGCAGUGGAGGAACCUGCAGCCGACUCCUCUCGUGGUGACAGUGAGUUGGCUGUGGACGACCUUUCAGCUGACAAAACAAAAAUGGAGGUCCCGGUGGGAGAUGGUGCAACAGCCGAUGAGCCAGAGACAGACAGGGAAAUGGCUGCUGGAGACCCCCCUGCUAUGGAAGCUCUUGCUGGUGAAGCCGUCACGCAGGAGCAACAUUCCUCUCCUGGGGCGGAGGAGGAAAAUGACAUCAGACCGGUCCAGACGGACCUGUCGCUAAAUAACUCUUUGGCACAAGAAGAUGACAACAGCUGGAGCAUCAACGCAAUUAGAAAUAGUUUCCAGAGUAUCCACGGAUACUUUGAGUCAUUGGUGGAGCUGGCGGGGGGACGCGAUGGUGUGUGUCAGUAUCGCUGCAGAUACGGAGAAACUCCUCAAAAGCGCCCCGGCUACCAGCUCCAAGAGCCCAACGGCUGCAGCUCCUCUCUGGUGGGAUUGCAGGUGAAUGCAGUUCUUGACCUCGGGAUCCCCGCUAUGACCAACUGCUGCAACCAGCUGGACGUGUGCUACGACACUUGCGGCACCAGCAAGAACCGCUGCGACUCGGAGUUCCGCCUGUGUCUGCACGGCAUCUGCGGCGACCUUAAGAAGAGUCUGGGCUUCGUGUCCAAGGUGCAAGCCUGCGAAUCAAUGGCAGACGUCCUCCACAGCACAGUGGGGACUCUUGGCUGCAGGCCUUACAUGAACAGCCAGAGGGCAGCGUGUGUCUGCGAGGGAGAGGAGAGGGAGGAACUGUGACAAGCACUCUGUGGACGCAUUCGCAGACAAAUAACUCAGUCACAGGCGUCUCUGCACAAAACACUGUGUAUUUAUCGUCAAAGAAGAUGUGCUUAACAAGAGCCCAGAGGUUAAUUGAUAGAUUUUGCACAUGUCUUAAACUCUUCAUACUCCAUUUCCUUUUAGGACAUUUUAGGCCUCUAUGACUCCAUUACAUUACAUACCAUAAAUGACCUUGAUGACUCCAAAUACAGUGUCUGAUGGGAAGGAUAUUGUAGUUGGAUUAAUUUCCUCUGGAUAGAACGAGAUAAUAGAAUUACUAAAAUGCAAAUUGUUGUGUGUGGUUAUUUAUCAAGAUAGUAUGUUCAAAGUCAAUGUAAUCUAAAUGUGAUGUCUAUUACUACUAUUCCUUUAAUGUUUGAAGUAAAUGAUUUUCCAUUUGCCAUCAUUUCAUAUUUCAUAUAAUGCAUGACUAAAUUCAGUUUAACUGACCAGAUUAAUUAUAGGCACUUUACCGCCCCGCCCCACCACUAUCUCUGUUGCCUUCCAGGCCCACCCCAGUACUAUCUCUUUGCCAACAUGCCACGUGAUCCUCCAGCCAUCCACGAGUCCAAAUAUGUUGAUGUGUGUUCCAUGUGUAUUUCUCAAUUCAUUAAUGCUGUGAAAUAGAAACCAGUUCUGUAAAUCUAAAUCUUAAACUGUAAUCAAGUCUGAGAAAUGUCUGAACGUGUGACCUAGAAAAUACAUCCUUCACGCUGUAGUUGCUACAAAUAAACCGUGGCCCCUCCGAA